GAGGCCUAGGUGUGGCCACAGGUGAGCACUGUUCCCCAGGCCCGAGAAAGAGCAGAGCUUUCACUGCCUCUGAGCUUCUUCGGGCCUCUUCCCCCUCUUGCAGCUCAUUUUCCGGGAUACCUGCAACUUAAGGCCCAGGAUGGAUGCCCUGAGACUGGCAAAUUCAGCGUUUGCUGUUGACUUGUUCAAACAACUAUGUGAAAGAGAGCCAGCAGGAAACAUUCUCUUCUCUCCAAUAUGUCUCUCCACUUCUCUGUCCCUUGCUCAAGUGGGCGCCAAAGGUGACACGGCAAAUGAGAUUGGACAGGUCCUUCAUUUUGAGAAUGUCAAAGAUGUACCCUUUGGGUUUCAAACAGUCACUUCUGAUGUCAAUAAGCUCAGUUCUUUCUACUCUUUGAAGCUAAUCAAGCGUCUCUACAUAGACAAAUCUCUGAACCCGUCUACAGAAUUUAUCAGUGCUACCAAAAGACCAUACGCAAAAGAACUGGAAACUGUUGACUUCAAAGAUAAACUGGAAGAAACGAAAGGUCAAAUUAACAGCUCCAUUAAGGAGCUCACAGAUGGCCACUUUGAGGACAUUUUGUCAGAGAACAGUAUAAGUGACCAGACCAAAAUCCUUGUGGUUAAUGCUGCCUACUUUGUUGGAAAGUGGAUGAAGAAAUUUCCGGAAUCAGAAACAAAAGAAUGCCCAUUCAGAAUCAACAAGACAGACACCAAACCGGUACAAAUGAUGAAUCUCGAGGCCACCUUCUGCUUGGGUAACAUUGAUGACAUCAGCUGUAAGAUCAUAGAGCUUCCUUUCCAGAAUAAGCAUCUCAGUAUGCUCAUUGUGCUCCCCAAGGACGUGGAGGAUGAGUCCACAGGCCUGGAAAAGAUCGAAAAACAGCUCAACCCAGAAACACUGUUACAGUGGACCAACCCCAGCACCAUGGCCAGUGCCAAAGUCAAACUCUCCCUCCCAAAGUUUAAGGUAGAAAAGAUGGUUGACCCCAAGGCUAGUCUGGAAAGCCUAGGGCUGAAAAAUCUCUUCGAUGAAAGUACAUCGGAUUUCUCUGGAAUGUCAGAGACCAAGGGAGUGUCCCUAUCAAAUGUGAUUCACAGAGUAUGCCUAGAAAUAACAGAAGACGGUGGUGAGUCCAUCGAGGUGCCAGGGUCCCGGAUCUUACAGCACAAGGAUGAAUUCAAUGCUGACCAUCCAUUUAUUUAUAUCAUUAGACACAACAAAACACGAAACAUCAUUUUCUUUGGCAAAUUCUGUUCUCCUUAGCUGGCAGGGCCUUGUCAAGUCUCAGGUAACUUGGCUGCAGUUGCAGAGCUCUGUAAACUUUGUAUCCAGACAAUCACUUUCUAUACAAUAAAUUGUGAACGUUGCUGUAUCAGGAAGCGGUCCAUAUUUGUCAUAUGUAACCUUCAUACUAACAGACGCUUUCCACCCUAAUUUCUCCUCGUUCUCCUUUGUCAAAGAAAACAGCGAAUACUUGUUCUGAAAGAGAAUCACUUUAGAAAAUAUGUGCUCUUCAUUUGUCAAAGCAUCCAGAGCUAUGGGAAAAAAAUGCAGCCUUCAAGGGAGGAAUUGCUGUAGGGAUGAUGUGGGAGACAUUAUUCUCGGGGAUUUCCAUGUACUGAGACAAAGAAUGUUCUAGAGAUCUUCACUCCUUUCAAAUCUUAAGAGACAAUUAGAGUACAGGGCUCACAAAGGACCCUUUUCAAGUAAACUUGUGUACGUGUCACACUACUGUGGGUCCAGAAGUCUUCAUGUUAAACCUGAAGAAACAGUUUUUUUCUCAAGAUCCUAAUUGGAGAUUAUAGAAGGAUGGCAUGUUGUAAAUACUAUGUACCAUGGAACUCUACAAAUAGCACCUGGAAUACCACCCUAUUAACCAAUACCUUAAUAUUUUUCCAUAUAUAUAGACUAUUCACACAAAAUGAAUACAUAUAGUUCACAAGUGAUCAAUUUUUCUGAAAAAAAAUUGAUACUUUCCAUAACAUACUCAUUAUUUCAUGAAAUAAUGAAAAUACUCAUGAAAUACUUUGAAGAACAUUCUAGAUCUUGGACUGUUGGAUAAAGAAUUCUGGGCCUAUUUUAUCUGAAGACCAAGACUUUAAAGGAAAGCUCAGCUUUUACAAAAGCUGGCUUUCAUUUUCCUCGCUCUCCCACAUGGUCAUUUGUGUAAUGCUGUUGCUGGCAGGGUUUCUAACCUGAUCACAAAGUCCCUGACAUCUCCAGAGCCAGCAACUUAAGAUUUACAGGGAUUCUCGUGAUGAUGAGAGUUUUGUGGCCAUUGAAGGAACUUUCAUUUUUUUCUAAUGUGGCAGUAGGAAGAGGGAAGGGACCCUAAACCCUUAGAAAAUACAAACAAAACUAUUUAGGUACCCAUAAUUCUUUGGCAUAUAUUUUUUCUCAAUUUACAAACCUAGCUAUUUCAGAUAGCAGUGUGUAGUCUACAAAAAUAAGUUAUAAAACGGUUCUGGUAAGUCAGUUAUGCUGCAACCUAAUUUUAAAUUCACCACCGAAAGAAAGUAUUUGCUGCAGUUUUUCUCAUGUGUCUUUCCUUAUGCAGUUUCUUGCCAUAUUUUUGUAAAUAAGGUCCUUUUUCUUCAAAAGGUUCAAUGGUGACUUCUUUUCUGUGUUGUUGACAAUAAAAUAUUGAAUUACGUG